GGGUGAAUGUGAAAAAUUGGAGGUUGGGGAUCUAAUUACCCAACCAUAAUUGGGGGCUAGGGAAUAAGUUGCAGUCCUCUCAACUCACCGCAGAUCAAUUAUGUUAAGAGAACAUCUGUAAGUAGAACUUAAUGAGGUCCAUUAGAGCAACAUGUACAGCCUCCUCUAACCGUACUUGUCAGCUUCUUGGAUGAGCCAAAGAGAGCUGCUAACUAGGGACCUGGUGGAGGUGUUUAAAUACUGAAGGAGGCGAGGCUGGCCCACUCAGGUUUUUGUGUUCAGCUGGGGAAGAAGAAAGUAGAGGGGGAAAGAGGGGGGAGCAGAGAGAGAGGGAGAGAGAGAGAAAGAAAGAGAGAGAGAGAAAGAGCAGACAGGCGGCAGGCAAGCAAAAAACUGGGAUUUGCUCCCAUUUGAUGCUACUGAAACUCAAGCUGGGGAAAGAAGGGAGGUGGUACGAGGAUCAAGUACAGUUUUUCCUCUUGAACUGAGGGUGUGUGCCAGGCUCUUGUGUGUUUUGCCACAAUUCUUGAAAGGGGACCAAUUGGAUAUAUUUUUUUUAAAAAAAUUAAAAAAAUCAACCUCUUCCUCCCCUUGUAUACAUUCACUCUCUUAUUUAUUUUGGGCUCCAAACUCAAACUCUGGGACUAUACAGCAAUCUUUCUGAUCAGAGGGGGGGAGGGCCAAAUAGAGAGAUCAGACCAGCAACUUCACAAACGGGAGAGCAUCUCUCAAUUUAUUUAAUUUUUUCUGGAAAGGACCAAAGUGUCCCAUCUGCGAGAAACUUGAAGACUUCUUUGAGCUUCAGCUAUUAUUUUCUGCAGAAAGCUUUUCUUGCACAAAGGUAUACAAAUGCUCUCUGUCCAGCCAGACACCAAACCGAAAGGUUGUGCUGGCUGCAACCGCAAGAUCAAAGACCGGUACCUCCUAAAAGCCCUGGACAAAUACUGGCAUGAAGACUGCCUGAAGUGCGCCUGCUGCGACUGCCGCUUGGGGGAGGUCGGCUCCACCUUGUACACCAAAGCCAACCUUAUCCUGUGUCGCAGAGACUACCUGAGGUUAUUUGGUGUUACAGGAAACUGUGCUGCUUGCAGCAAACUCAUCCCUGCUUUCGAGAUGGUGAUGAGAGCCAAGGACAAUGUUUACCACCUGGACUGCUUUGCGUGUCAACUUUGUAAUCAGAGAUUUUGUGUGGGAGACAAAUUUUUCCUAAAGAACAACAUGAUUCUCUGCCAGACGGACUAUGAGGAGGGUUUAAUGAAAGAAGGUUAUGCGCCCCAAGUUCGCUGAUCCGAUCCUCACUCCUAAGAAUACUGAAGCACUACAUUCUUAUCUUUUCUGUUCUUCUCUUUCUGUUCAACAUGUAUAUAAGAAAUAAUGGCGGAAUCUACUGAAUAGCAUAGAUAUAGGGAGACAGAAGGAUCAUGUGGAAUAAAAAGCGAACUGCAGAUAUACGUAGUGGAAAUUGCACCAGUUCACAGUUGAAUGUUUAUUAAAAGAUAAUGUACAUACUGCUGAAAGGGUCUGGGGUUUGGUUUUGGGAUUUUUUGGCUUGCUGUUUUGGGGAUUUUUUUCUUUUUGUGUCAUUGGGCAUGAGAUGCUUAUUUUGGACUAAUGUAUAUAAUGCAUUGUUAUAUUUGAAGCACAAAUGUAAUACAGUUUUAUUGUGUUACCAUUUGUGUUCCCGUUUGCUUAUUUGUAUUGUUGCAUUUAGUACAAUCGGUGUCCAAACUUUAUUGUAUAUUUAUUCUUUCUUGUAUCUACCAGCUAUUUUGAAAAAGCUGUAUCUUUGUAGUAAAAACAAAAAAAAGAACAAAAAGAGAAUUUUAAGAGCCAAUCCCAUGCAUUAUUCUCCAUGCUUCAGAGAUGCUUAUCAACACUUGAACUAUUUAACCGAAAAAUGUCAGGCAAGAUCUCGCCACAGUUAAGUACUUAGUUCCAUUGACUUGUAUAGUGUGUGCUUAACUCUCCCAUUGAAAUCAAUGGGAUUUAUGAGUGCUUAACUUCUGACUGGAUUAUAAUGCUAACAACACUGUUAAAGUUGCCACCAUUCAUGAAGUCACUAUUGCAUCUUUCUUCAUCUUUUUUUGUUGUAACGGAAUGAGGCUUAGGGAUUUUAUUUCACACAUUUCAUGGGAAAGUAUGUUCUGUUUUGCUACAGAAAUUGGUGUUUUAAUUUUAUUGACAGGUGUUUUCAACUUUAUGGAGCAGGUGUUUCAUUAUUUUGGGGGCUACUGUGCUCUGUACCCACCCCGAAGGAAGGAAAAGAAAGAUGUUGGAAUGCCAUGUUUCCAACAUAACUGGGAAUGAGGAGCUGAGCCCCAAUGCAACUCAGUGCCUUUGGGUGUCAUAUAAAAUUUUUAUAUGUACAUAUAUAUAUAUAUAUUUCUCUGAAAUUAUUUUACUGUAGCAUAGUGAUUUCUGCUCCUGUACAGAAAUGUUAUUUUAAUGAAAUGAGUGUUUUUCCUGAACUUUAUCUGGUUUGGGUCCGGCAUACCUAAGAGACUAUCUGGUUUGGGUCCAGCAUACCUCUCCCUAUGGUCAGUUCCAUCCAUAACAUUGACCAGGAGUGCCCUCUUCAGGUGAUCUUCUGCGUACCAACUCAAGACAACGGGGCCUUUCAGCAAGGCAUCUUGGGUGGUUCCAUGGAAACUCCACCCCAGCGGGACUGUCAAAAGCUGCAUAAUCUUUCACAAGUGUCCAGCUUUCUGAUUGGGAGCUACCAUUUGGGAGAAUAGAAAUGAAGCACUUCCCACAGAGUGCUAAGCAUCUGUUAGCAUCUGUUACUUUGUAGAUGUGAUUGAUCACAAUUUAACUGGCUAUUGUAUUUUUGUUUUGUUUCUUAAUUUAUUGUUCUCCAUUCCAAAUUGUUGGGGUGGGGCAGUAUACAAAUAAAUAAAAUCUAAGAAUUGGA